GCUAAUCAGCUGAUUUCAGUCUUAACAAAACCAAAACAAUUCUUCCAUGCGCUUUGCUCAGCAAACAAAAUUAUUGUAAAUAAAGACCUUAACAACUAAAUUAGUGGAAAUAUGAAACAAAAGGAAGGAAAUAGUAAAUCUGUUCGAACGAAUCAGAUGGCGAAACAUAAAUCGUUUGCGCAAGGCAAACAAAAAUAUAAAUCUAAAGCGCCUCAAUGGGACAAUAAAAUGCAGUGGCGUCGAAAAAAGCCCCAGGACGAGGCCCGUAAACAGAAAAUUAAAGAACGGGAAGAAUUAAGAAUUCAGAAAAUUGCAGAGAAAAAAGCCGAAAAAGAGCGAGUCCAACGAGAAAAGGAGGAACGUGUGCGUAUUUAUAAAAAGAAACGUUUGGAAAAGACAAAAGCGGUUAGCAAAAAAACACAGCGCGGCCAACCACUAAUGAAAGAUCGUAUGCAAUUAUUGCUUAAACAGAUACAGGAAAUGAAGCGUACUGGGUAGAA